AUGAUGAUCAAGAGGGAAACCACUGUCACAUCGUGCAAAAGACCGAGCGAAGACCCGGCCGAUGGGCCGGCGGAGUCUCCCCAAGAGGAGGUCAUCUCUUACUUUUACGACACUGUGGUCAUUACACCAGAUGAAAAUGUUCCUGUUACUAAAUUCAAGGCAGAUGCAAACGAUGAAUCGCUUCAACGAUACAAGAAAUCACUUGGCCUUGGAGGUGGCAAAGACAUUUCUGACCCCAACGACCCUCGUGUUUGUAUCAUCCAGUCACUCACGAUGGAGUCCGCUGGCCGCCCACCUGUCACUAUCGACCUAUCUCAGCCCGGCAGUGAGAACACCCUCAAGGAUAACCCUUUCAAGAUCAAGGAGGGCGCCAAGUUUACCAUGGUGGCCUCUUUCCGCGUCCAGCAUGAGAUUCUCAGCGGUUUGCAUUACGUCCAAACCGUGAAGCGUAAGGGCAUUAGAGUCAGCAAGGACUCAGAGAUGUUGGGAAGCUAUGCUCCCAACACGGAUGUGCAACCAAUCUACACUAAGCGCUUCCAGGAAGAAGAAGCCCCAUCCGGCAUGAUAGCCCGCGGCCAUUACAACGCUGUCUCUACCUUUGUGGACGAUGACAAGAAGCAACACUUACAGUUUGAGUGGAGCUUUGACAUCUCCAAGGAUUGGUAG